GCGACAAUCAGUUUUUCCCAGCUGUCGACUAUUGUCGCGCAAACCUCAAAGAUCAUUCGGGUCAAGCCAUUCCUAAAGAAACGACAAAUUAUUGGCAGUGAGUCAUUUUCCUUUGGCAAUGUAGACGGAGUGAAGGAAUUGGCGAAGCACGGGAAUUUGGCCGCGUCGACCGACUACCACUUUCGCGCGCGACAACGACACUUAAUCGGACCCGUCGCGUUCACGUCUAGAAAUACCAAUUGGAGGUAUAUAGAGUGCGCGGAUGAGUGUAUCUCCAAUAGGCGACUCGCGAAUGAUCAAUAAGGUAUAUAUCUAAGGUAUCAGUGGAGAAAAGAAGAAAAGAAAAGAAAAGCUGUGAAGAAGAAAAAGAAGUGUAUCGGUGGAAGUCGCGAUUAGCGUGGAGCCAGGAGUCAUCGAUUGAUACGUGUCGCUACGUGGAAACGAAUACUUUUGGUCACCCUAUGUGUACCCUGUACACUGUAUACUGUACACUGUAUACCGUAUACAAUGUGCAAUGGCACAUAGCUAUACCUAUAAGAGACAGUGCAAGAAGUGGGCAGGAGUGAGGCUGUGAGAGCACGUCUAUAAAUAGGUCCAAGACCGAGAUGAGGCCUCCUCUGCACUUGGUGAUCUCUCCCUCUGCCCCUCUCGCUCACCUCUCCUCCUCCUUCUCUUUCUGGUCUCUCCUCUUGGCUCUCCUUUUCCCUCUCGUCAUCGGUCUGCUUCCCCCACCAAUCCUCACGGAGCGUGUACUCGCACACACCUAUACUCAUCUACGAGGAACAUACGUAUCACCAGGUUCCCAUAUACACGUUUAUGGUUGUUCUCUCUCUCUGCCUGCCUCUCUCUCUUCCUUUCUUUCUUGCUCAGUUUUGUGCACGUGCGAAAAAAAUUGAAAAAUCUCCUUCCCGCAUCGCUGCAAGCUCCACCUCCAAUCCUCGAUUGGAACCCUUGCAAAAAGUUCAGCAGAGUCGUCCGUAGGACGUCCGAUGAGUCAGGUAAGAGAGGUGACCAAGUGAGUCGAGUGUUACGUGGGUGUGGUGAAAUUUCGUUCUCUCAAACGUAACCGAAAUCGAUGAGCACCUCAGGAUCGAUAUUGAUCGAAGAUCAAUCUAUAAAAGUAAUUCAAAUAGCCAGGUCAAGUAGAGCUACCAGGGGAGAUCAUUUGAUCCUGAGGUAACGAAAACUAAGUAUGCAAAGGAAAACAUUAGAAAAUUGUAAAACGGUACUGGGAUCCAGAUUGAUAAAUUUCAAAAUUCCAGAUGGGACAUUGUAACGACUUUGGAAGGACCUCGUAACUCGAGCCAGAUUAACUGCCUUCUGGAAUCGAGUCUGACCGGUGUACUAGCUUUCCGGUUGAAAGGAUAUUUCAAUUUUUAAUAUUAAUCCUGACUACGAUUUCUGGUGUCGCAUCGAUCUUAACCACCGAACAGAGAGCCAACCAAACGAGCCAGUCCACCAGUCAGCCAGCCAUCCAGUCAACCAACUAGCCAGCCUACCAGCCAGCCUGCCACACCCCGAUGCGAUUAAACCUGUUGCUCCUUCGCUCGUGGCUCAACUAUAGGUAUACUCGUUCAGGCCCCACGGGGUUCCACGCGAGCUUUGAGAGAAACACGGCGGCGCGUGCACCCCCGUCGGUUUUACCUUUGACAUACCCUUACCUACCUCGCCAACAGUCUACGGGGAACGAUCGAUGCAACAUCGCCAGGGGUAGACAGCCCGCUGCUCCUGUAUUCUAUUUCUAUUCUGUCUGUUCGAUCCGGCUCCCUGCACUUUUGCACUGGUCCGAUCAUUCCUAGCUAUGAAAUACGGCGGACUCUUUUGUUUGAUUGUUGGUAAACGGCGAUAAAAUGCUGACGUUAAACAUGGAACAGCUAUCUACAGAUUACUCGGAUAACCAGGAAUACCAUGAAUACCUAUAGACGAGUUCAUGUCAGCUGUACCCAAGUAGGUUGUAUCCAUAGACAGAGUUCAGACCACGCAGAUUUUUCUUUAUCAUCAGUGAGUGGAGUCUCUUCGGAUCCUUUUUCGACACGAGGCCGAUGCAUACCCCCCGUAGAACUCUGGAUUAACCGACCUCGUUUCUAGCUCCGAUCCAUCAUUCGAUACGAGUCUAGGCCGUGUAUGGCAGAGGAUCGUUUUGUAUCACGAAUAGAAUAUACAAUUUUAUUUUCUACCCCUGAUCGUGUUAUUGGGGUUCAUCGACCUAUACCUUCCUUCUUGAAAACCUUGAAAACCCUCGAGGUUCCACCCUCAGGUCGAUUCAGGGUAAAUUACAUCUAAGGUAUGUCCCUAGCCCCAAAUAUUACAAAAGGCGAUUUGGGAUUGUUUUCAAUGGAACGUUCGGGAAGUUUCGUAACGAGUACACCCUCAUUCUUAAUUCAGUAUUGUAACCCUUUAAUGUGACCUGUAAUAGCUUUUUUAAAGGAAACAUAUUCCCCGAAGACGAUCUCUCCAUAAAAGGUCUCGACAAGCUGGGAAUAAUUAGCGCGUGACGUAAAACCACGAUUACGCAGACUUGUGGAAGAGGAGAAAUCGAGGGGUUAAGUACAGGGAUGAUAUCGAGGAUGACGACGUCGGCAGCGCAGGAUGAACGCGGUGGUGGAAGCAGGGGAAGCGGCAGCGGCGACGAGAGCAGCGUUCAUUGAGAAACGGCACGUGUAUGAUAGAAAGAGGGCUGAAAGGCGCAAGGGUACGAGGAGGGAGUCAGAGGGUUGCCAGGCGACCGCCACCAGCCAGGUUGCCCCUGGCGACUGUUGCGUCACUGCAGCGCCGUGUGACGUCACGACGCUAGUGCCCUUGACCGCCCAGUCGACGCUGCGGGCGUCGUUCCGCCACCCCCAAGGCUCAUAGAGAUCAGAAUACAACCCCUCCAACCCACCAGCCCUCUCGCAGCCACUGAACGAUCUACGUACAUGCUGAACGUCAGUCGACUACCUACCUCACUGCAGUAACCUUAGUCUCUGUCUUUAUUCUAUGCUCGUGUCUGCGCGUCCUUAUCUCUUCUUUCUCUGUCUAUCUGAUUUAGCAACACGUAACCUGUAGCUGAUAACCAAUCCCCUGCCUACUUGGCUGCUUGCUUACCUCCUUGUGCAAAUACGAAUUUACUCAACUACACGUUCGACUCCUUCGCGUUCAUUCACUCCGUUCAUCCAUUCAUGAAAUGCACUGCCCGUUUGCGCCUGCGCACAGCCUACUACCUAGCACUACCUUUACAAUCAGGAGGCCUAGCAGCAGAAACACAACUAAACACCACCACGAGGAUACUUGGACAUCUCCUGGCUAAGGUGGAACCACGAGCAAACCACUAAGGAAAGGAAGGAAGGCAGGAACGAGAAAGAACGUUGUUACUAUUCUGGUACGACUGUAUCACGCAAUACCUGACCUGACUAGUCUCAUGAUACUCUUGUGAUCGAAUUUUGCGUUCCAUUGGUUCAUUCUUUUUUCAAUUUACAUCACUUUUCUUGGAUUUUGUUACAUUUUCUUGAAAACAUACGCAAUGGACGGGCGUAUUUUGAAAGGCGUGAAGCAUGUACUGUCUUGGAGAUGCUUCCUGUAAAUUAACUAUUUCGUGUAUUCGUUAGGUUUAUCAGUUAAUUAAUUGACUGAUCGGGAAAGGCGUUUUAGAGUUUUUGAGGAAUUUCUUAUACGUGACAUUAGUGUAAGGGAGAGAGAGAAUCUUUAUGAUUAAUUUUGGCAUUCCUUGUGGACAGUUUGUAAGACUGGAGCGAUUGAAAUAUUUCAAAAUGUUCUUAACAUAUUCUAACAAAAAUUAUAUAAUAAUUGACAAAUACUAUACGCCUUAUGUUUUAUCUCAUAAUAACUUUCGAAUUUACUCGCGUGUGAAGGAUGUUUUUCGCGUUUCUGACACAUUUCCAAAAAUGGCCAACAAAACCUGAAUCAUCUUCAUAUCUCAAAACGCGAGUAUCACACAAUUAAAAGGUAAAAAUACCGUUUAUUUAUAUUUCCGUGAAGGCUAUCUAAAAAUUGAAUGCUGAUCGAUUCGAAAGGUAGCGCGCAGAGAGACUAGCCUAACCAAACCUAACCCAUGACCUAACCAAGAUUCAGUAAAAUGUGAUUGCAGCAUAAUGCGCGUGAUCACGAAGUGCAAAAUAGUGUUGAAUUCAUUUGGAAUAGGUCAAAGUUUACCAGAGUAAAACAAAGGAAUAUAAGAAGAAGAAACGAUAAUGCAGUUCAAGAUGCAACCGCAAGUACUCCCGAAUAAGUCAAUAGGCCUGUUCUACGUUCUGAUGCUUUUGACGACAUGGUUGUCAUAUGCAGAUGGAAUAGCAAAAUAAUUCUAUGACGCCAAAUAUUUACGGGAACAAAUUAAGGGAUUGGCGGACAUCAGAAUCAAUUUUGGAAAUCAGAGAUUCGGACGUCUUCUUCGAGAUAAUUGAUCCUCCCGAACUGGAAUACACGUACAGGCUUUGGCCUGCCAUGGACUUUGGUGCUCCUUUCAACACGAGCUUCUCUGAACGGGGUAUCCCACUGGUCUUGAGCAACCCUGCUACCGGCUGUCGGCGGCCAGAUAACGCCGAUCAGUUGAAAGGAAGAGUCGCUUUGGUUCAAAGAGGAGAAUGCACUUUUCUUGCAAAAGCUGCCAUAGGCCAGAAUGCUGGUGCAAAGGCUGUGAUCAUCACCGAUUACUAUGCAGCAUCUGCUGAAGAGGAACGUACCAAUCCUUUAUGGAUGGACCAUUACUACAUAGAUAUGACCCAUGACAAUAAUAUCAACCUAUUGGAACCUGUGAGGAUACCAGUUGGUUUUCUUCUUGGAAAAAAUGGCAAAAUGAUAUGUAAGACCUUGAGAAAACUGGACAAGCCCUUUGCUUUAAUCAAUAUACCAGUCAAUCUCACUUACACCCCUAUAAACAAACUUCAACAACCACCCUGGCUGUCCUGGUAAUUUUUCUUACAAAUUUAAUUCAUUUUUGUUUCCUUGACAGAGUUAAGUGUCAAGUACGUUAAUGUAGUAAUACAAUUGUAUAUAAAGGGUAGAGAUUAUUGUUUGUAAAACAUCGAUGAUUUCAUUCAUUGAUUGAAGAUCUUUUAUCGAAUUAUUAAUGUUCUCUAAGGAAUCUAAAUAGUACAGUGUAUCUUUGUAAGUUUUAAUAUUAAAUUAACUAGUUAAAUAUAAAUAAAGAUAACUUUGCAGCUACUAUGUUAAGUUAAUUGUUAAAAAAAGGAAUUAAAACAUUUGUUGCAAAACA